CCAUUUUCAAAACAACAUUUUUCUCACCAAUCUUUAAUUGAGUUGCCGUUUUCCUGUCAGUGAGCUCUACUCCCGCUCGCAGAUCGCUGCAGCACGCCGCUGUCCUCUCUUUCUCUGGGUAGAUUAUAGAAACAAUUACUCCCUCCAUGCCAGCCUCACCAGACUUCGACCCCCAUUUGGGCCAACCUGGAAUCCCGGUACCCGAUAUCCCCACCUUUGAAUCCGACAACCCAGAAGACUUCGUGGAUAUCGCAGAAGAAGAAGCCGAUGACUUCGAAGAAGAAGAGCCGGAACCCAUGACUCCAGAGGCUCAAAUUCACUUAGAUCCGACCAGAAUGGAGGCCCUUGUCCAGCGAUUAUCCAAUGAGCGAGUCCCCAUCCGGGUCCAUGACUUCAUAAUCAAGGGCAAUACCAAGACCAAGAAAUCCUUGAUCGAGUCCGAGGUGGACGAUCUCCUCAAGAAGGCCACGACUGUCCAGCAGCUGCUACGCGCUGCCGCGCAUGCCAACGCUAAGCUGCAGCGGCUUGAUAUUUUUGAUUCCGUUAGCAUUACUCUUGACACUGGUCCACCUGAACUCCCCGGCACGGCCAAUGUUAUUGUCGAGGUUUUUGAGUCUACGAACUCACUAAAGGGAGAUAUUGGGCUUUUUUCUAAACCCGAGGCUAGGUCUUGGUCUCUAGAAGGAUCAGUAAAGCUGAAAAAUUUGUUUGGUUAUGGGGAUUUAUGGGAUACUUCUGUUGCUUAUGGCUACGGUCAAGCAUCAGAGGUUAGUGCCGGGUUCUCUGUACCAAAAGUCAGAGCAUUCUCCACACCUUUGACAGCUCGGAUAUCUCUACUUUCCCAAGAUUGGUCGAAGUUUUCUUCUUAUAAAGAGCGAGCAUUUGGCACGUCACUUGUCCUAGUUUCUAGUGGAAACCACAAUUUGUCAUACGAUCUCUCUUGGUGUACCUUAACUGAUCCAUCGCAAAUGUCUUCCCGCACAGUGAGAAGGCAAUUUGGACAUGGUUUGCUCUCAGCUUUGAAGUAUACAUUUAAAAUUGACCAAAGAGAUUCACCUCUGAGGCCAACUCGUGGACAUGCUUUUGUUUCCACUACUCAAAUUGGUGGUCUUGUUCCAGAUUUUCGGAGCUUACGUUUUAUUCGUCAGUUCUUUCCUGAACAGGAGUUUGAUCUUCGUUAUGCUAUACCCUUGGGAUUUUAUCGUGCUGCAUUAAACGUUGGAAUCUCAAGUGGUGUUCUUCUUCCAUGGGGGAGUGGAUUCUUGAAUACACCUUCCCAGUUGCCUGAGAGGUUCUUUAUGGGAGGUAAUUCUUCUCCAGUUUGCACCUUGGGUGGCCCAACAUCAUUGUUGGGUUUUAAGGCAAGGAGACUGGGCUCUACUGAGCCUAGACGGAACGCCGGGGAAAACCUUAUUGAUGAAAGCUCUGUUUCUUCUGGAAUUGAUUUUAUUGGAGGAGACCUUGCUAUCACUGCUUUUGCGGACUUAUCUUUUGAUCUACCCUUGAAGGUGUUCAGGGAAGCUGGCAUUCAUGCUCAUGCCUUUGCUUGCACUGGAAGCUUGACUAAAUUGACGGAGAAUGCACACAGGGAGUUCUCUUUCCCAGAAUUCCGAGAUUCUUUCAGAAGCUCAGCAGGAUUUGGAAUCAUUGUACCGACUAAGUUAUUCCGGAUGGAGGUUAACUACUGCUACAUUCUGAAACAACACGAGCAUGAUCGAGGAAAGACUGGUGUGCAGUUCAGCCUCUCUUCACCUCUAUAAUACAUUUGGUAUUUCUAUUUCCUUUUUUGAUAUACAUGGGCAUUAGAUUAAGUUCCCGGCUUAAGAUAAAUUUGAGAAACUUUUGCUUUCCGAUUUUGUCUAUACAUCCAAUUUACAUGGCUCCAAGAUUUGUAAUUCUAGAAACAAGAUAUGUCAUUCAGCCGUUGCAGAUAAAUAAAUUUAACACACUUUCUUCCAAUAGGCUGAAGAAUGAAUCUAUUCAAUCCGGUCUACAGGAUCAAAUUUAUCGCCUUUGUAAGUGUUCAUAAUGGCAAUAUCAUAAGAAUAAUGAUUAUCUUAUUGAUCUAUUUCACUUGAAAAUUAAGGCAAAAA